AUGGCGGAAGAACACAGAGUCCAGGAACCAAAACUAUGCGCAAACAACUGUGGAUUCUUCGGAAACGCCGCUACGCAAAAUCUCUGCUCCAAAUGUUUUCGAGAUGUCCAGCACCAACAGCAAAACUCAUCCUCGGCCAAACACGCCCUUGAUCAAACCUUAGCCGCCGUCACCGCCUCCGCUUCCGCCGUUUCCACCGGCGAAGUCGUUGAAACGAACCCGGAGAAAGGAGCAGCAGCAGAGGCGGCGAAGGAGGAGGAGGCGCCACCGCAAGAUCCGAAGCGGUGCUUGACUUGUCGGCGGCGCGUGGGGAUCACGGGGUUUAGGUGUAGGUGUGGGUUCGUCUUCUGCGGUUCUCACAGGUACGCGGAGCAGCAUGAGUGCUCAUUCGAUUUCAAGCGGAUCGGGAAAGAGAAGAUCGCGAAAGCUAAUCCGAUCGUCAAAGCGGAGAAGCUGGAGAAGAUCUGA